AUGGGGAAACUCGAUUGGACUAGUCGGCCUGGUUGGCCAAGAACCCAGCCACCGACUCCUGUCAAGCAAGAGAGUGAAUCUGCAGCUCCCAUUAUUGCACCAUCGGCAGGGGAAUCCAGGCCACAUUAUCUUCCAUUGUCGAGAAACAAGAACUUUACAGGACGCAAGAAAGUAAUCGAUGAGCUUCAGCGGCUGCUAUCUACUGAUUCCUAUGGCCAACGAAUCGUUCUCGUUGGCUCGGGCGGUAUAGGCAAGACACAGAUCGCCCUUGAGCUUGCACAUCUUUCGAAGAAUAGCCAAAGUCACCAGCAGUGCUCCGUCAUCUGGAUGCCUGCAUUGAGCUUGGCAAGUUUUGAGUAUGCAUGUACUGAAAUGUUUAAAGUAUUCAAAAUCGAGCACCCCACAAACAAGGACCCGAAGAAAACGUUCAAGGACUUCCUUAGCUCAGAAGAAGCAGGAAAGUGGUUUCUUAUCAUUGACAAUGCUGAUGAUAUGGACGCUUUAUAUGGAAAGAGUCAAGGGACCGGAGGAAUUGCAGAGUUCAUUCCAGAUUGCGAGCAAGGUUGUAUUCUGUUCACAACACGAUCCAGCGUAAUGGCCUCCAAGGUUGCGCGCGCUAAUGUCCUUGAGUUACCUGUAAUGGAUACGAAGGAUGCUAAAGCCCUCCUGCACAAUUUAUCAACCCAGAAAGAUCAAAUGCAGGAUACCGCAAUGGCCGACCAACUGUCACAGGAGCUCGCUUAUCUACCGCUUGCAAUUACACAGGCUUCAGCAUACAUGAAUGUCAACAAGACCACAAUCAAGGAAUAUCUACUGCUGCUCCAAAACACGAACCGAGAUAUGAUAGAACUGCUCAGUCUUGGAGUUUAUGGCAGCAGCAACUACGAUACUUGUCAAGGCGCGGUUGUCACGACCUGGAUCGUGUCCUUCGAACAAAUAUGUACCUCAGACACGGAUGCUGCAGUACUACUUGUAUGCGCAGCUUGUCUCGAACCGAAGGCUAUACCUCGGGCAUUAUUACCAGGCUCUACAUCCGAACAUAGUAUAACACACGCCAUCGACACACUUUGCAGAUAUAGCUUUUUCAGUCGACGAGAGGAUGGCGAUGUAUUCGACAUGCAUAGCCUCGUAUACCUGGCCGCCCAGACAUGGACUCGAAACGAGGGUCGUGAGCUAAACAUACAACAAGUGGCAUUCGCAUGUGUUGCUGGGGCAUUCCCGAUAAAGGCUUGGGAGAAUCGUGAGGUAUGGCGGCAGUAUCUGCCGCAUGCGCUCCCGCUCCUCAGAAGUUUGGAUAGGGAUAGCAAAACAAGUCAAGAAGCAUUUUACCUAGGAUACUCGGUUGCCCUAUGCCUGCGUGUUGAUGGAAAGAAACAACAGGCUGUAGAGCUGCUAGAGCGUGUUGUUGUAAUCGAAAAGACAUUACCGGAGGACCACACAGAUCGGCUGGCAUCACAGCAUGCUCUUGCAUUAGCAUAUUAUGACAAUGGACAGAUCGAAGAUGCAAUACAACUGCUGAAACAUGUGGUUACAGUCAGAAACGCAAUAUCAACAAAGGAUGACCCGUAUCGACUUGCAUCACAGCACGGGCUUGCAGCAGCAUACCAGGCCAACAAACAGUUCAAAGAUGCAAUACAGCUACUAGAGCAUGUAAUUUCUGUUGAAAAGACAACAGUAGCGGAGGAUCAUCCAGAUCGGCUAGCAUCACAGCACAAUCUUGCAUUGGCAUAUUGGGGUAACGGACAGAUCGAAGAUGCAAUACAGCUACUAAAGCAUGUAGUUGCAGUUCAAGGGAUAACAUUGGCAGAGGAUCAUCCAGAUCGGCUAGCAUCACAGCACAAUCUUGCAUUGGCAUAUUGGGGUAACGGACAGAUCGAAGAUGCAAUACAGCUACUAAAGCAUGUAGUUGCAGUUCAAGGGAUAACAUUGGCAGAGGAUCAUCCAGAUCGGCUAGCAUCACAGCACAAUCUUGCAUUGGCAUAUUGGGGUAACGGACAGAUCGAAGAUGCAAUACAGCUACUAAAGCAUGUAGUUGCAGUUCAAGGGAUAACAUUGGCAGAGGAUCAUCCAGAUCGGCUAGCAUCACAGCACAAUCUUGCAUUGGCAUAUUGGGGUAACGGACAGAUCGAAGAUGCAAUACAGCUACUAAAGCAUGUAGUUGCAGUUCAAGGGAUAACAUUGGCAGAGGAUCAUCCAGAUCGGCUAGCAUCACAGCACAAUCUUGCAUUGGCAUAUUGGGGUAACGGACAGAUCGAAGAUGCAAUACAGCUACUAAAGCAUGUAGUUGCAGUUCAAAGGAUAACAUUGACAGAGGAUCACCCAAGCCGACUGGCAUCAGAAAAAGCGCUUGACAUUUGUUCGCAAGAUUUGAGUAGCUAG